CCCCCGGGGCGCUCAGAGAAGGAGUCCUGGAGCCGCUCGGGCUCCGGCGUUUAGGGGCUACGGUGGCGGCAGAAUUCCCAGGAGCCAUGUUGUCAGAAGACCUGCUGGUGUCGGCUCCAGGGAAAGUCAUCCUUCAUGGAGAGCACGCAGUGGUCCACGGCAAGGUAGCACUGGCUGUGGCCUUGAACUUGAGAACAUUCCUCCGGCUUCAACCCCACAGCAGUGGGAAAGUGAACCUCAACUUACCCAACGUUGGCAUCAAGCGGGCGUGGGAUGUGGCCAGGCUUCAGCUACUGGACGUGAGCUUUCUGGAGCAAGGGGACGUCACCACGCUCACCCCAGAGCAAGUGGAGAAGCUGAAGGAGGUGGCGGGCUUCGCCAAGGACUGUGCCGACCAAAAGCACCUGGCUGUGCUGGCCUUCCUUUACCUGUACCUGUCCAUCUGCCGGAAGCAGAGGGCCCUGCCCAGCCUGGACAUCGUGGUGUGGUCGGAGCUGCCCACCGGGGCCGGCUUGGGCUCCAGUGCCGCCUACUGUGUGUGUUUGGCAGCCGCCCUCCUGACCGCGUGUGAGGAGAUCGCAAACCCGCUGAAGGACGGCGAGCCCACCAGCAGGUGGACAGCGGAGGAUUUGGAAUUAAUUAACAAGUGGGCCUUUCAGGGGGAGAGGGUGAUUCACGGGAACCCCUCUGGAGUGGACAACGCUGUCAGCACCUGGGGAGGAGUGCUCCGUUACCAACAAGGAAAGAUUUCGCCCUUAAAGAGGCCGCCAGCUCUGAAGAUUCUGCUGACCAACACCAAAGUCCCUCGCAGCACCAAGACCCUCGUGGCCAGCGUCCAGAACAGGCUGCUCAAGUUCCCAGAGAUCGUGGCCCCCCUGCUGACCUCCAUAGAUGCCAUUUCCCUGGAGUGCGAGCGGGUGCUGGGAGAGAUGGCGGCGGCGGCCCCGGCCCCAGAGCACUACCUCGUGCUGGAAGAGCUCAUUGACAUGAACCAACACCAUCUGAACGCCUUGGGUGUGGGCCAUGCCUCGCUGGACCGACUCUGCCAAGCGUCCAUGGCCCAUGGACUGCACAGCAAGCUCACUGGCGCUGGCGGCGGCGGCUGUGGCAUCACUCUUCUCAGGCCAGAUCUGGAGGGACCAGAGGUGGAGGCCACGAAGCAGGCGCUGACCAGUUACGGGUUUGACUGCUGGGAAACCAGCGUUGGUGCCCCUGGCGUCUCCGUCCACGCGGCCGCCUCCCUGGAUACCGCCGUCCGGCAAGCCCUGGAUGGCCUCUGAGGUGAGCCUGCGUCGCUGCAGCCCCACCAAGAAGCCCGUUCCUGGAUUGUUCUGGGGGCUGGAGUUGGCCUCUGUGCUGGCCAGUGGGCAC